AUGUCAACGUCUAAUGCAAACACCACUACUUCUCCAUAUAACUUUCUUUCCUCAAACUACCUACCUCCGAAACCCCGAGAUCAUGGAUUGACAGAAAUUCGAGGACCUUACUACUAUCCGGUGACAAAAACGUACUUGGAUGAACUUUUGUCCGACUGGGGAGAGUUCGUGGAUGGGGUCAAGUUCGCUGGAGGUGCUUUUAGUCUUAUGCCAGAGGAGAGGCUUCGAGGCCUUAUUGAAACUGCUCAUAAACAUGACAUAUAUGUCAGCACGAGUGGCUUUAUCGAAAAAGUUCUCUCCUCGUCCAAUGGGAAUCGUGCGGUGAUCCAAAAAUAUCUCGAGACCUGCAAGAACAUGGGCUUCGACGUCCUGGAAAUAUCCUCCGGCUUUUUGUCUAUCCCUACCGAUGACUGGGCCGAUCUCGUCGAAAUGACUGCAAAGGCCGGGUUGAAGCCAAAGCCAGAAGUCGGGAUUCAAUGGGGCGCAGGUGGUGACGCGUCUAUCGCGGAACUCGAAUCUGCUGGUACUCGGGAUCCAAAGUGGCUUAUUGAUCGAGCAAAAACUUUCUUAGAAGCUGGUGCUUACAUAUGUAUGUCUUCCGCUUUUUUCAUGAUCAUGAUUGAAAGCGAAGGUAUUACAGAAAAUGUUCGAAAUUGGCGAACAGAUGUCAUCUCAGCAGUGACUUCCGCGUUGCCCAAGGAAAAGAUCAUGUUCGAAGCUGCCGACCCGGAAGUUUUCGCGUAUCACAUUCAAAACCAAGGUGCAACCGCCAACCUCUUCGUUGAUCACUCUCAGAUUGUUCAGAUUGCGUGUCUGAGGAUAGGAAUUUGGGGUACUGGAAGCACAUUCGGGAAGAUUGUAACUGUUGGCAAAGGAGAGUCUGAAGGUUCUCAUCGGAUUCCAUCUGCUUGA